UUUGUGUACAAAGAUAUGUCUUGGUUAUGACAGAGUCAGUGAGCGAUGGGGAGCCAGCAGCUCGUUCCAGUAGUAAGAAAGAGAGGUACUUCUGGCAGUACAAUGUACAGGCUAAGGGACCCAAGGGCCAACGACUGGUACUGACCUCUCGUCUGGAGGAUCCCCACUGUCUCAACCAGAUCACCGACCCAGUGUUUAGUCCCCAGUGUUCAGUCCAAGGAAUUAAGCAUAGUGGUAAAGCCAGAAAAGGUGAUGGCAAUGAUUUAACACCCAAUCCAAGGAAACUGAAUGCUAUCGGCAAGGAGUUAGACAAGCUGAGCAGGACAAUCAACGAAAUGACACCUGUGAGUGAACUCCCAUUCAAUGUGAGGCCAAAGAGUCGCAAGGAGAAAAAUAAGUUAGCCUCAAGGGCUUGCAGGUUGAAGAAGAAAGCCCAGCAUGAAGCCAACAAGAUAAAACUUCAAGGCCUGGAAAUUGAACACAAGAGGCUACUCACUGGAAUUCACCAGAUGAAGCAAGUGCUAGUAGCCAGGUGUGUCAAUGACCAGACUGACCCAGUAGAGAUUGCUAAAACAACUGAUAAAAUAGUCAAGACAGCAACCAAAGUCAAGGUGGCCGGACAAACAACAGAGUUCGUCAAUAAAGUCCUGGACAAAGUGAAGCAAGGUACCACCAACGGUGGACUGGAUGAACUCUAAACCUCCUCAUUCACGUUUGCCGUCUGUAGUUGUGUUGUUUUAUUAUUACACAUUAAGGUGAGACAUAUUAUGUAGUCUAGUAUUUUGUUUUGCAAGCAAACAGAUCUUAUAUUUUUUUAAACGUGUGUAUUAAUGUUUUGUUAUUAUUAAUAUCAGUUAGUUGUGUUAUUGAAUAAGUUAUAUUUUAGUUGCUCAGGAGUUCAAAUCGAAGUUGUCAUCGAAAAUGAGUCCAACAGUUACUUAUGCUAGUUCAGAAUGUAACCUAUACUAAUUUGGCUGAUGUACCAUAUCGUCUAAGUAUAUCAUUAGGGUUAAAUUGAAGUCUUGUAAGAGGUCAUUAGUGUCUUUUAGUGGUUUCUUUAAUGUUAUAAACAUAGUCUACCAUUGUCAUAUUUUCUCCAAACUCUGUUGCAGUAAUAUUUCCAAUUACUCGUAUUCCAAAUAUUAUAGUUGAAUAGUCAGAACUUUAAAAUUUAUUUCAAAUUGUAGAUUUAUAUUUAAAUGUGAAAUAGAAUCAUGACAUUUCUUGUGUGAAUCACAA